AUGUGGAACUACCUGAAGCCAGCUGACCGCAUCAUCGAUCUCACUUCGGACGUCGAGAUGGACGAGCAGAACCGCUGCGAACCAGUCGACUCCAUUGUCGAUCUCAUCGUGGACGCCGAAGAGGACGAGCCGAAGAAAAGCGACGAUCUCAAGCCCAUCAAGCUCGAGAACAAAGUUGCCACGAACCGGCGCCUCACAAGCAAGAGGCCAGUUCCAGGGAUGGAUUCCAUGCCGAUGGACGAACUGGUCGAGGCUCACAAGCGCGGCAAAGUUGUUUACAGGGAGAAGUGGGCCCCCCACGAAGGACACGGGAAUUGCCGGGGGCUACGCGGACCUUGCAUCAUGGGUCGCAACGGAGCGGCUGCGCCAGCAGGUCCCUCCGGGUAUUGCGACCUCUGCAACCUCAAAGACAUCAAGCUGUUACACGAACAUGGUGAAGGUCGCUUAACGCAUCUCCUGCUUCAACUUGCGGAACCGGAGGCUUCUGUGGCACUCAAGCGCAUCCAUCACAAGGACGCGGCCGUCGCGAAGGACCUGAAGCAUAGAAUGGAGC